AUGUGGUCACCGAGUGGAAAAUGGAUCGCAUUUUUCAUCAAUAAUCAUUUGAUAGCGAAUACUUCGCGGUGUUCAUUAGAAAAAUCAGAAGCAGCCGAAAAGUACAUGUAUUUUUAUUCAGUCAGUACAAGCAAAAUUAUUCCCGUUCAAAUCCAGAAUAUUCAACCAUCAUUUGCGGCAUGGUCGAAUAGUGACGAAGUUCUCCACAUUGUAAUACAGGGAUUAUCAUCCAAAGAAGAAGAUGAUGAUGCAUAUCGAAAAGAAUGGAAAGAUGUAAUUAAUUAUCGGCAGGUCAAACCGAGUGAAAGAAAUGCUAUCUAUCGAAUGGAAAUCGAUACAACUGAAUCAAUUCUAUCUGCGAAGUUGAACAUUGUUUAUAACGCAUCGUUGCUUAUCAAUGAGCUCGUGUACGUUCCGUAUGAAGAGCAACUUGUUUUCACCUCCAAAAGCAAAGUCUUCGAAGAUUUGAAUAACUUUGAAAUUUAUUCUAUUCAUUUGAAUCAACCAUCGUCGUCAUUAUUAACAUAA